AUGAUAAAAAAGGACCUUCGCUUAUUUUUCUUGCAUGAGUUCAAGCUUGGGCACAAUACCUCCCAAACUGCUGCUAAUAUCAACAGAGCAUGGGGAGAAGGAGACAUAAAUGAUCGCACAGUACGAAGGUGGUUUCCGAAAUUCCGUAGUCGCGAUGAGAGCCUUGAAGAGGAAAGUAGAGGACGGUCAUGCAAUCUUGACAACGAACAAUUGAAAGCAAUUGCUGAGCAAAACCCACGUCAAAGUCUCAGAGAAAUGUCUCAGGCACUCGGUGUCGGUAUUGCAACGGUCUUAUGCAAUCUGCAGAAGAUUGGUAAGGUGAAAAAGCCCGAUAAAUGA